UCAAUUGGUACAUGGGGCAGGGGAAAAUGUGAAUAGUAUAUUUGUUGUUGUGCCUAAAACUUGAAUCAGUGAUUUUACAACAUUUCAUUUCAUCCGAGAAACUUUCUCUCUCUCUCUCUCUCUCUCUCUCUCUCUCUUUUUCUCUCCUUCUCUCUCUAGGAUCAAGAAGAAUCAGAGAUCAGGUAUCAGAGAUGUCUUGUUCAUCCUCAUCUGGGUCAGAGGACGACGACGAGGGCAUUGACUCUUACAGAAAAGGAGGCUAUCACGCCGUCAGGGUCGGCGAUCAAUUUAACGGUGGCCGCUAUGUUGCUCAGCGCAAGCUUGGUUGGGGUCAGUUCUCCACCGUCUGGCUCGCCUACGAUACCACCUCCUCUAGGUAUGUUGCUCUUAAGAUCCAGAAAAGUGCAGCACAAUUUGCUCAAGCUGCUCUUCAUGAGAUUGAAGUCCUUUCUGCCAUUGCUAAGGGUGACCCUUCAAAUUCCAAGUGCAUUGUGCGACUUAUCGACCAUUUUAAGCAUACAGGCCCAAAUGGUCAGCACCUGUGCAUGGUCCUGGAAUUUCUUGGGGAUAGCUUACUCCGCCUAAUCAAGUACAACCGAUACAAAGGCAUGGAACUGAAUAAAGUUAGAGAGAUUUGCAAAUGCAUAUUGAUAGGCCUGGAUUACUUGCAUAGAGAACUUGGUAUAAUCCACUCUGAUCUGAAACCAGAAAACAUUCUUCUAUUCUCCACCAUUGAUCCUUCUAAAGACCCAAUUAGAUCUGGUCUCUCUCCCAUUAUUGAAAAGCCGGAGGGAAACCCAAAUGGAGGAGCUACCAUGAAUAUUAUUGAGAAAAAGUUGAAAAGAAGAGCUAGGAGGGCAGUUGCCAAGAUAUCUGAAAGGAGAGCUUCUAUGGGAGGACAAGCUCCAAAAUCUGAGAAAACCAUGGAUGGGAUCGAUGUAAGGUGUAAGGUUGUGGACUUUGGAAAUGCUUGUUGGGCUGACAAGCAGUUCACGAACGAGAUUCAGACAAGGCAGUAUAGGGCUCCUGAAGUUGUUCUGCAAGCUGGGUACUCCUUCUCAGUUGAUAUGUGGUCAUUUGGUUGUACUGCUUUUGAGCUUGCUACCGGUGACAUGUUAUUUGCUCCAAAAGAUGGACAAGGCUUUAGUGAGGACGAGGAUCACCUUGCUCUUAUGAUGGAACUCCUUGGAAAGAUCCCUCGGAAGGUAGCUAUCGGAGGAGUUCGCUCCAAGGAUCUGUUUGAUAGACAUGGGGAUCUAAAGAGAAUCCGGAGGCUAAAAUAUUGGUCCCUGGAUAAAUUGUUGAUUGAAAAAUACAGAUUUUCGGAGAGUGAGGCUGGAGAGUUUGCAGAGUUUCUUUGCCCCCUUCUCGAUUUUGCACCGGAGAAGCGGCCAACUGCACAGCAGUGCCUGCAACAUCCAUGGAUUAAUGCGAGCAGUUCCGAUCAGAGUGCAAGUAAGAAGGAAGCAACUAUGGAAAAGGUGAAUGUAGGGAUGAGCAAGCUUCAGGUUAAGGUGGGAAAGUGAAGAAGAAGAAGAAGAAGAAGGGAUGAAGGCAGUAGGUGGUGGUGGUGGUGGUGCAUUCACUCCCCUGGCCUCUCCUUCCUCCGCCUCUGUAUGACACUAUUGAUUGAUUGUGUUCUAUUUUUUGUUUGUUACACACUUCUAAUAAGAUUUAUUUUUUGAUUAACUAUAAAAAAUGUAAAUUAGUAUUGAUUUUUGUGGGAAAUGAUAUCAGUAAAAGAGAAUUUUGACUA